AUGUGGCUUCCAUUGCUCGUUCCUGGUCCAACAUCCAUACCCUACCUCUACCGCCUGGUUCUUACAACAAUAGAGCCUAUGAUAGCCCUCUGUGGUGCCCUGCAGUCGCUGCUCUAUCCAGCUGUCUAUAUGAGCAGUAUGACCCGUGGUGAGGUGUCCUUUUUACCAGAAAUGGAAUUUCUACACACAGAGCUGGGCGGUGCGUGGCUGUAUUUUGCAUUCGUGGAGGCAGUUGUUCUGCGUGCCUUUGAUGAUGAGCAUCUGUGGCGCUUUCUUUGCGCUGCCAUGCUACUCAGUGACCUGGCCUGGUGCCAUUCAGUAGCACAGGCUGUUGGAGGCUGGGCUAUCUGGCUUAACAUCUGUACCUGGUCCAUGGAAGACCAUUUUAUGUUCUGGACCUCUGCACCCAUUACUAUCAUGCGACUUUUAAUCGUCAGCGGAAUUGGCCUCAACGGAGUCAAAUCCAGCAUCCAAAGAGAAGAAGACUCAAUUAUGAUUCCUAAUGACAAUGGCGAUCAAGAUACCAGGGACAAGGAGGAGGAUGGCCAGGGGCAAUACACAAAGGGGUGA